AUGACAGAUGAUGAACAAAACAUUGAUAAUGAUGUACAUGUUGAGUUGAAGGGUGUCAUCAAGGUCAGAGGUAUCCUCUCCACUACGACAACAACAUCAUCAAGUACAACUAGUGGCAACAGUAGUAUCAACAACAGUAUCAACAGCAAGGAUGUCGCUGUUGCCACUAAUGAUACAACAACCGCAUCAACAACUUCAAAUACAACUCCAACAACUUCUUCAACAACUCCAAAUGGUACAUCUGAUGGAUUAUCAAUCAAAGAGUACUCCUAUACACUCGAUAUGGAUCAAUCGAUACUAUCAUUCUAUGAAGUUGGAUCAAAGGUCGUUGACACACCAAUCUACUUCAUACUGCUCAAUGAUAUUGCAAAGUAUGAAACGGUGGAUGAUGUUGAUCACUCGCACUAUACACUGUCGUGCACUCUGGACGAUGGUACAUCAUUGCAGUUGGUGUUUGACACCAAGGACACUAGAAAUUGUUGGAUAGAUACAAUUGGUCUAUUCCAACAAUCAAAGUUACUAUCAAGUACAACUGAUGUAGAUAAUGAUAAUGAUCAUGAUCAUGAUGAUAAUGAUGAUAAAGAAGUUACCAAGUCAAAGGAUGACACCACACCCAGCAACAACAACCCAUUGGCACAGAGCGAUCACCUGGGAGGCUCAACAUCAUUGAUGGUCAGAGAAGUCAAGUACAGUAACUUGGAGGAGAGGCCUGUAACAAAUAACAACAACACGAUCGUUCAUCCAUUGUCCAUUCCCGAGAAUAUGGAUCAUGAUGAGCACCAUAAUGAGCACGAUCAUGAACAAGGAGUCACAACUCAAUUGGAUCAUUCAGAUCUGUAUCCUGCUGAGGACAUGGAUGACAACCCUCUAUCAAUGUAUCCACCACCAUCACCAACAACGACAUCAUCAACAAACAAGUCCAACAACAACAAUGACCAUUUGGGUGUUUCAGUGAUGCCCGUCAACAUUGGACUGCAGAUCAAUCAAAAUGGAUACUUUGUAGUGGACACACCAAAUCAAAUGAAUAUAAUAUUGGAGAUGACUAAUCAUGGCGAUACUCAAUGUGCUGGAAUGCUUGUUGGUCAGUUCAAACUGGAUUGGAAGCCAUUGUCAAAGAUAUGGUGUGUUAGUAACGAGUCAUCUGUCGAGAUUGGACCCGGCACACCAUCCAAAGAGGAACUACUACAUCGUAUUAGAGAAAAGAUCAACAGUGCCGCAGCCAAUGGUGAUGGUAUGAUGGUCGAGCUACUAGUGGAGCGCGAGAGGGUCAUUACACUCUCGAGCAGUCAUCAAUACUGUCUUCCGGGAGGGUUGGUACUUGGCCUUCGCAAUGAGAAAUGGGAGUUACUCGAUGCUCCCAUCCCCUUGACCAACAACAACAUGUCACCAUUCCACAAGAUGCGACAACAACAACAACAACAACAACAACAUCAUCAUCAUCACCAUCAACAACAACAACAUCAACAACAACAUCAACAACAACAACGAUCACAAACAAACAGCGCCAACAACUCACCGAUGGUAACUUCGAUGUCAACAUCAUUGUUGUCAAUGAAGCAUGCAGUCAUUGAAGUGGUGACUUACUUUGAUAAUGCCGCAACGACCCCUGCCAAGGAUUACUGUGGCGACGACACCAAAUGCCGCCGUAUCGCCGUGCUCGUGAGAGGCAAACUCUCUAGCACAAUUGCCAACGUACUAUCACAUGGCUUCCGUGUCAAGGGAGGCGGCGGCGCUCACCUUCUCUCAUCACUAGUGCAGCGUAACAAUCACAUCUGGGACUUUAUCGAGUCGUAUCGACGCAUGACCAGCCACUCCUCGAUUGCUGGCGUGUCGCUUUGCCAGACUAUUGAAGCAAUCAAUAGACAAGAACACUCCUCGCAUGCAGAAUAUGCGGCACAGUGGGGCGAUCCCAACCUAAAGCUGCGAACAUUCAUCUGCCUGGCGCUAAACAAUCAUAUACUGGACCAAUGGCUGAUAUGUCUGCGACAGAACCAAUCAGCCGUGACCACCUACUACGACAAGAAUGCUUUGAUCAACUGUCUCGAUGUGUGGAAGUCAUUCAGCCAACUCUUUAUCCCUCUGCACACGAUGACAUUCAAACUAUCAUUGGACUAUGAGUGCAAGAUUAAGUUGAAUGGUCGUCGCGAGGCACUAGCAUCAUCAUCCUCAUCAACAUCGUCAACCUCAUCAUCAUCUGGAGCCGCCGUACUCACGCCUGAUCUACUCUCAUCACAGCCAAGUCAUAGUGGAUCAAUGGACACUCUAAAGAGUCUCAGACUAUCAUUCAGUACACUCUCAUCAUCGAUCAUGGAGAACACCAGUCAGAUCUUCCACGCACUACCACGUACAACCCGACAGCCAAUCAUCAGCAUCAAUGACACUCACCAUGAUGACGAAGAUAGCAACGCCAAACAAUCACCAUCACCAUCACCUGGAUCACAAACAAUCACCCAUGAGAAGAUACAACAGAGGAUUCAACAACUGCGUGAGAAGUACAAUUCAAACCAGACUAGCAUAAACAGGAUGAAGGAAUACUUGAAUAAGGCCAAGUCAGACACUGAGCAGGACAAGGAAGUACCAGCUAUAAGGGUCGAGCUUGACAACUUAAUGGAUCAACAACAACACCUGACACGUAUUAUAUCACAACUUCAACAAAAUGAACAACAACAUCCAAUCGAUCAAUCACAGAAUAAGAUACAGACUCAGGCCCAGAGGUCACCACCUCAGCAGCAUUCCGAGCCCAAACAACAACCACCUCCACCAACAAUAGAAGCCCCACAGACUACCUCGACCACGACUACAACUACUACUACAACAUCACAGGAGCCGAACAAAACAACAGACAAGGUAGAGAAAGUAGAAGAGCAUAAUGGAGACAUCCUGGAUAUGAUCCAAUCAACAAUUCGUCCAUUAUCACAACGAAUAGAACAUUACUUUGAUGGAUACUAA